GUAUCACACCGCACGGAUCACUCCUACCACCGAUAAACAUGACUCUGGAGGAUUUUGAAAAGUCAUUGGCGGAGGAUCAGGGGAAACGGCGCGAGAAAAGUGACAAAGAACGGCAUCGACAUCGCGACCGAGACCGCAGUCGGGAUCGCUCAAGACAUCACCGCCAUCACCACCAUCGCCGCCAUUCGUCCAGAUCCAGAGAGCGUGAGUCCGAUAGGCACAGAGAUCCGCGACACAGGGAUGAGGAUAGACAUCGUCAUAAACGGUCACGCCAUUCUACCGACCAUGGAGACGAUCGCGACCAUGCCCAUAAACGCCGACAUCGACAUGAAAGCAAAGACAACGAAGCGUCCGCUGCGAAGGAGGUAGUUCAGGAGGAACCAACUCGCUUAAAGCGAGAUGCGUGGAUGGAAGCUCCGUCGGCGCUGGACAUUGACUACGUGCAUCGGCGUGAUACGACGCGCUUGGAGGAGGAGCCAAAGCCCAAGAUGCUACAAGCAGACUUUGAGCUCAAAAUCCAUGGUAGAGAACUGAAUCAACACUUGCACGAUCUUAAGGAUGGAAAGGCAUUAGAGGAAAUUCAGGAAGAACAGGCGCAGCACGAUGUUGACUACACCUUCGGUGACUCUGGCUCACAGUGGAGGAUGACUAAACUGAAUGCCGUUUACAGGGAGGCCGAGGAAAGCGGGAAGUCACUGGAGGAAAUUGCUAUCGGGCGCUUCGGGGAUUUACGUUCCUUCGAUGAUGCGCGCGAGGAAGAGGCGGAACUAGAUCGUCGCGAGCGGUACGGUGAGGGAUACGUAGGGAAAGAAAAGCCAUCGGGUGAGCUUUUCCAAGAGAGAAAGCUACAGGAGGGCGUCCACCGUGAUACACACGAGCAUAUCCGGAACCCUGAACAGGAGUUAGAAGCUCAUGGCCAGGGCAAACCGAUCGCUACAGAAUCACCACAGAAUACUACGCAGCCCCUUGACUUAACAGCGCUCAACCGACUUAAGGCACAGAUGAUGAAGGCAAAGCUCAAAGGCUCUCCUGAUGCUGGCGAGCUUGAAGAGCAAUACAAUGCCGCGGCAGCAGCCAUGGCGAACCGAAAGGACCCUGGUGUUGUGGUGUUGGGGGUGCAGCAGAAUCGGAUGCUUGCUGGCAAGAGAAAUGAAGUCAAAGCUGUGGAUACUAAACGAGGCCGAGAACGGGGCCAAGUGGAAGAGAAUGAGGACAUGAGCAUCGAAGAUAUGCUUCGCGAGGAGCGAAGAACCCGGGAUCAGUUCGGCGGAGAAGGGAAACGGCUAGCGGAGAGAAUAGCAAAGGAUGCCAAAUUCGAGAAUGAUUUGGAGUACAUGGACGACAACGCCUCCAAACUAGCACGACGGGUGCAUCAGUCUGAAAUCAACCUCAAGAAUACAACUAUCAGUGAAUUCCAGAAGAUGAACCGAAUCCUGGACAAUUGUCCUCUUUGCCAUCAUGAAGAUACUAAUACUCCGCCUAUUGCCCCUGUGGUAUCUCUGGCGACUAGGGUUUAUCUUACUCUUCCCACAGAGCCUGAACUCAACCAAGGGUGUGCUACCAUUGUCCCCAUUCAACACCGAACGAAUCUUUUAGAAUGUGAUGAUGAUGAAUGGGAGGAAAUCCGCAAUUUCAUGAAGAGCUUGACCCGCAUGUAUCACGACCAAGGCCGCGACGUUAUCUUCUAUGAGAACGCAGCCCAGCCUCACCGAAAGAGGCACGCGGCAAUGGAGGUAGUGCCCUUGCCAUAUGAGCUGGGGGAGACUUCUCCUGCCUUUUUCAAAGAGGCCAUUCUCGCCGCAGACUCAGAAUGGUCUCAGCACAAGAAGUUAAUCGACACAUUAGCUAAAUCUAAGCAAGGAUUGGGCCGAUCCGCCUUCCGCCGUACGCUGGUGAAAGAGAUGCCGUACUUCCAUGUCUGGUUCGAACUUGAUGGUGGUUUAGGGCAUGUAGUCGAGGACGAAAACCGCUGGCCCCGAGGCGAUCUCUUUGCACGAGAAGUCAUCGGAGGAAUGUUGGAUCUAGCCCCAGAUGUGAUUAAGCGGCAGGGCCGCUGGAACCGUGGAGGCGAUCGACGAGUUGAUGGAUUUAAGAAACGGUGGAGGCGAUUCGACUGGACGAGGGUGCUUUUUGAGGGGCAAGCCUAAGUUCCUAUUCUCCAUGGCCAUUUGACCGUAAUGUAGGGAUCCUAGGAGCCUCUUGUUAUGUAUCGUUCUUCUCUCCUGAAGCGGAUUAAUUAUGCACACCGUUAUUGACCCUAGCGAUUCUUGUAGUUUCAUAAUGUUGCGCCUUAAUUAGUAUAAAUCUUGUCACCAGCC